UGGUCCUAUAAAUUUAGUUAUUCAUUUCGAUCAGAGUUUAUUCUUUGACUUUAAUUUAAAAUGCGUCUGUCUUCGCAAGAGUCGGUAAAUGUUAUCAAAAUUUGUUAUGAAUGUUUUGAAAAUGCUACUAUAGCUGCAAGGCUGUAUGCUCAACGUCUCCCUCAAAACCGGCGUCUGAAUAGAGGCAUAUUUCUUCGUUUGGCCCGUCGUUUUCGGACAACAGGUAGUGUAGUCCAUUCAACCUACCGUAGACAAGGUCGCAGGAGAACGGAGGAAAACAUAAUAAAUUGUUUGGCCUAUAUAGAAUUUGAUUCGCACUUAGGCAUCAGAACUAUUUCAGGCGAUUUAGGUAUACCUCGUUCUGUAGUUCACAGAAUUUUGCAGGAACACAGAUUUCAUCCAUUCCAUAUAGUACUCCACCAGGCAUUAAAUCUAGAAGACUAUGACAGAAGACUAGAUUAUUGUCAUUGGUGGAGAAUAUGUUGCUCGAAAAUCCAAGUUUUCUCAACGAAAUUUUAUGGACAGACGAAGCAACGUUCAAUAGUGACGGAGUAAUUAACAGACAUAAUAUGCACUAUUAGUCUGAAACUAACCCUCGUUGGAUGCGCGAGAUCCAGCAUCAGGGAAGGUGGAGUGUUAAUGUCUGGGGCGGUGUAAUAGGAUCUCAGGUUAUAGGUCCAUUUUUAUGUGAUGAGAGCCUAACUAGAGAACGAUAUCUUGGAUUUUUAAGAAAUGAGCUCCCAGCAUUAUUAGAAGAGGUGCCUCUGGUUAUAAGAGCCAACAUGUUUUUACAACAUGACGGAUGCCCGGCUCAUUUCGCGGUACAAGUGCGAACGUUCCUUAAUCAGCGGUACCCUGAUCGGUGGAUUGGCAGAUGUAGCUUUUUCCUUUGGCCGGCAAGAUCGCCACAUUUAAUCUGCCUUGACUUUUAUUUAUGGGGUAGAAUAAAAGCCAUUGUAUUUUCUUCGAUUCCUACCAAUAGAGAAAAUAUGAAACAGCGAAUAAGGGGCGCUAUUCAGAGUUUUCCAGCCGCAGAAAUAGAGGCAGCCGUGGAAUCAACCCGACGAAGAGUUCAAAAUUGUAUAGAACAAGACGGACGACAAUUCGAACACCUCGGCAGGCAUUAGAUUAGUGUAGAAAUUAAAAUAAUAUUAUUUUUUAUUCCAUAUAAAAUAAGGAUUGGUUUUUAUCUUUUUUCAGUUUAAUCAGUACCAAGUGCCAAAACUAUCAAAAUAUUUUUGUCGUGUUACAAUGACUCGUCGACGUUGAUAAAUAUUUAAAACGUUCCCAUGCAUAGUUUUCCUAGUUUUCCCAUAAACAUUGAUUUAUUACCUGAUUUAUUACCAAUGAAACUUCCUGUAUAAAGAAGUGUAUAAAUAAACGCAACCUUCCGGAAUUUCUAAAAAGCUUGAUUCUAAGCUAAAAAGAUUGUUUCUCUACACAAAGAUUCAUUUAAACACAAGUUUUUGUAACCCGGCUGCUAAAUAGAACUUAACGACCAUAUUUGAUGUUUUUACUUUGUAAUGAACAAAUUUUUUUUGUAUCUUUAGUUAGAGGCGUGAUAUCAAAAUGCGGUUUUCACUAAAUUAUUAAGCUUUGUUCUCCGCUCUUAAUACCGUAAAAAAACACUCAUGGUUGCAUUUCAGUUUCUUAAAAUAAUCAGUCGAAUAGCGUAAGUUAGAAGUAGACGCCCCCUAGCGGGUUUUAGGAAAAUUUGCCAAUAAUAUCUUUUUGGUAGAAAAAUAAAGCAAUACAAGAGCUUUUAAAUAAAAGUUGUUUUAAAAAAAUAGGUGCAGCCAAAGCCUACUUCUUACCAUUUUUCUCAUUUAAGAUAGAAACUCUCCCCACCACUUUAUUUGACAUUUGACAGAAAUGGUUGUCAAAACAUUUUUGUCAGGAAUACUUUGUAGAUUAUUUCGAUAAUAUUUUGGGAUGCAAGUUAUUAAAGGUUUUUUGGAAAAAAUAGACUUUAAAGUUUUUAAGUAGCUAGAACGCCCUCUAGCGAUUGACCAAUGAACUUCAAAAUAUUUUCCAGCUAUUUUUUUUGGGCCACUUUUAUACUAUUUUUUUUUUCAACGCUCUACGAUUAUUGGGGCCUAAGAUACAGCCGAGGAACAUUCUUAAUGGGACACCCUGUACUGCGACAAAUUCUGCAAUGACCCACUAAGUUAUGAAGCAUACAGACAAAUUUUCGUCAUUUCGAGAUUUUAAUAUUAGUUUCGGGUAUCCUCGCUCAGAUACGUGUAGUGUAUAUGAUAAACACAUAGUUAAAAUGAAGUCACUACAAGAGAAAAUAAUGAACACUAUUGAAAACGAGGCACAGUUGGAAUUACAAAAUGAAAUUAAAGGUUUGGAAAAUGAAAAUAAAUUGCAUAAACUUAAAGCAGCUACUUUUUAUGCUAGAAAGCGACACGCUAAAAUACAGUCCAGAAAAAAUGAGUCAAUUGAAGCUAUAACCAUGGACUUUUCCAGAAAUCUUUCUACACCCAACAUCACUACCAAUGAUGUAUACUACAAAAGGCAAUUGACCUUUGUCAGUUUUAAUAUUCAUAAGCUCGCAACCAAUGAGGCUGUUUUUCAUACAUGCCCUGAGACUAUUGCCAAGAAAGGUGCUGAUGAAGUCGCGUCUUUAUUACAUGAUUUUUGCCAUAAUAUUCUAGGACAAACUGUUAGAUGUUUGGAAAUAUUUUGCCACUCAUGCGCAGGCCAAAAUAAGAAUUACACCAUUAUACGACUCUUACAUCAUAUGGUCCAUAAAGAAGGUAGGUUUGAUAAAAUCAAAAUUACAUUUCCAAUUCGGGGGCACUCGUACUCAGAGUGCGAUAAAGACUUUGCUCUCAUCAAACAGAAAACAAGAGUUGAAGUUCCAUCCCAAUGGGUCGAGGUUUUUAAAAGUGCUAGGGUUAAACCAAUGCCAUUUAAUGUUAUUGAGUGUACUACAGACAUUUUCCAUGCAUGGACAAAAUUUUUAACCCCUCAAUAUAAAAAAACCUGUCCACUUCCAACAAGGCCAAUAAAAGAACUAAUAAUAAGCCAUCAACAUCCACGAACAAUUCAAAUGCGAGAAAGUUACAAUGGAGCUAUGUCAAGUUUUGUUCUAAUACCCCCAAGGCCAGGCAUAGCGGCUGCAACACCGGACAAACUUUGCAAUGGCCUCAUUCCUAUUCCCAAGUUGAAGUAUGACCAACUGCAGGAACUUAUGAAGUUUGUAGUUGAAACAAACAAUCUACUACACUAAUUUGCCUUAUCAUGCUAAUAAUAGGACUGUAGAUGAUGCAGAUUUGCAAAAGUAACUAUCAAUACCAAUGUCUAUUAUAUUGUCCGUACCAAACAUGAUGCGCUACUUCGGAAUGAAGCGGCGUUCAAACCUAAUUCUUGUGGACUUGAAUCGAUUCUCGGUACACCGAAGAGAAGGAAUCUUCAAUUAUUUUUUUUUCCAAAAUUCUGUUUAUUUUUUUAUGAUUUUUAGUAGUCCCUAAGUAUUGCCCAUGUUAAUGACUUCUAAU